AUGGAUCAACAGCAAAAAAUAAUUGAAAUAUUACAAAAGAAUUAUAACAAAAUAUCUUAUUACGAAAAGAUAGUAACAAGCCUAGAAUUUACAUUAGAACUUGAAGAAACUGAACAAUACCAAUCUUACCAAGAAAUACUUCAAAUAUUGAUUGAAGAAGAAUCAACUUCACAAGAGUUGAUAAAAGCAAUUAAAGAAAUUCAACAAAGUUCUGAAGAAAGAUUUGAACAAACUUUAGAAUUGGCAAAGAAAAUUGCACUCAAGAAAAAAUUUAUGAAUCAAUCAACACUCAGUAAAGAAGAAGCAGAUAAACAACUAAAAUUCACAGAAAUAGUACAAAGAAAUAACAAGCAAGCAAAGUACUACAAAGAUUUAACACUUAAUUUACAAACAAUCCUACAAAAAGGAAAAGAAAAUCAACAACAGUCAUACCAAGACUUAAUUGAUAAAAUAUCUGGAAUAAAUAAAUUAAAGAAAGAACACGAAAUACAUCUUAUAACAGAGAUAAAAGAAAGUUCUGAAAAUAGGAAGAACAAAUUAUAG